AUGACGACUGACACUGAGCUACGUCAUCGCAUUUCUGCUUCGGCUGCUGGAUCUGAUGUUCAGACAAGUCGGAACAUGGGUGAAAAGCAUAACGAUGCUACUACUUCCUCAUCCACUGAUAACAACAAUUGUGGAGAGAAGAAGAAACCAAUAGGAAAAAAGUUGGAUGAUAGCUGGAUUCAACCCCGUUUUCGUCGACUUCUCUCGCAUACUGUUAUGUUAGCUUUCUACGGAUUUUGGUUCUUAUUUGGACUUCUUGUUCUCCGCAAAACGCAGAACGCUAUCGCUGCUGUUCGAUAUGUUAAGAGUCAUGGAGAUUCUGUUGCCAUUCGAUUGAUUGAGAAUUCUCCAGAAUUCGAAGAACUCAUCCAAACAUUAGAUCGAGAGUUUACUCGACCUCCAGCAUUUCUUCUCCUCAAUCAGUAUGCUCUUAACAUGACGUACAACUUCCUUUGUAACACAGCAACACUCGAAGGAGUUCACGAUCGUCUUAUCUUUGUUACUUUGGAUACAAUUGCACGAGAUGAACUGAAGAAAACUUGGCCUCAAAUCCGUCAAUUCCACUGGCCUACACCAAGUCUUUAUAAACCGUUCAGUUUCGCCGAAGGCCCAUAUCAGACUAUCUAUCUUCUCCGAUCGAAUUUGGCUGUAUCACUAAUUCGUCGAGGAAAAUCCUUCUGGAUGAUGCAACAAGAUACUUUCUGGAGAAGAAAUCUCUUCGAGCUAGGAUAUGAGGAUGAUAUGUCUUACGAUGCUAUAUUUGAUCAAAUUGGAAUUGAUGAGCACAGUAUGAGAGCUGAAUGGGUUAACGGAGCCAACUUCUUCAUUCGAGCCAACAAUGAAACUUUGGAGUUCUUUGAACGUUUGUCAGACAAACUAGCUCAUUGGUAUACACCUGAUAUGGGAGUUAUGAUCCAUCAAUGCCACACAUGGGAAAAGCCUCGCUGUGCUUUCAUUCCCCACAAGAUUGCUCAUUCAUGGGAAUGGAUGUACACAGCUCAGAAAGAUCCUCCAUAUAUUCUCCAAUUAGAUUGUGAAACUGAUGGUGGCUCAAAAUUGAUGCAACUCGGAAGAUUUGGUUUUCAUUUCACGAAUGGCAAUGGAACUUGCAAUUUCCAAAAGGUUCAACAAGCUCGACUUCGAAUGGAAGAAGGCAAAGUAGAUGUUUCAUAUACGAAUGUUCGAUUCUUCCCGUCUUGGGGUCGCUUACAGUUCAAAGCCUAUUGGAUGAUUGUUGAUUACAUUCUUUGGACUCCAAUUAUUGGACCAUUCCUCAAGCCAUACUUACCUCUAGUUGGCUAUAUAUUAAUGAUAACUAUGUGA